ACCACACCGGAGGGAAGGAGGGGACGACGUUGGGAAAGACCCUUCAGAGGGGGAGUUUUAUCAGCCUCCCUCUUCCCCCGCCCGCCCGGCAGGUUGUGGCGCUUCCAUACUGCGUCGUUUUCUCAAUACGUCAAAAGAGAAACGCAACUGGAAUAGCUCCGUGGCUGGCUGCUCUCCCCUCCCUCAGGAAAUGGUACAACCCCACCCGCCCAAUGAGGGCCACUCUCGUGUCUUCCAAACUACAUCUCCCGGGAUGCUCUGGGGCAGCCCCCCUCCCCCCCCGUUCCGGUGCCCGCUCCCUGAGAGCGGGGUGCGGGCUUGGUUGUUAAAGUGCUAUGACAACGGGCGCGAAGAUGGCCGCCGCGGCUGGCGGAGCGGGGCAGCUGGUGCCGCCUGCAGCCUCUCCUUGAGCAGCGGCAGCGGCUGUCCCUCCUCCACCCCGCGCCCUGUCCCCUCGGCGGGGCUGCGAGCGGGGAGGGCUGAGCCGGCUGGUGCCUGCGGUUGCCGCCUGUUGAUUUCCGUCCUCGGGGACCCGCUGAGCCCCAGGGCCGGAGCUUGGGAGGGACCCGCACCUCUCUGCUCGUGCGCACCUCUAAUGUAGACGCUUCCUCCGCCGUGGCUGCUGGUCAGUUUCCAGGGCAGGUACUUGGGGGUGCAGAGGCCCCUGCUUGGACGGGUCUGCGUGAAGGAGAAUGUCUUUAUUUAAAGCUCGAGAUUGGUGGUCAACAGCUCUUGGAGAAAAAGAAGAAUUUGAUCAAGGGUGUUUAUGUGUAGCUGAUGUUGACAACAGCGGCAGUGGACAAGAUAAAAUAAUUGUUGGCAGUUAUAUGGGAUAUCUUCGAAUCUUUAAUCCUCACCCUGUCAAACCUGGAGAUGGAAUGCAAGCUGAAGAUUUGCUCCUGGAAGUGCAACUGCGAGAUUCAAUACUCCAGGUGGAAGUAGGAAAAUUUGUUUCUGGUACUGAACUACUUCAUCUGGCUGUACUGCAUUGCAGAAAACUGUGUGUGUAUGCUGUCUCAGGAACUUUGGGAAAUGUGGAACAUGGGAACCAGUAUCAGAUCAAACUUACAUAUGAACACAAUCUUCAGAGAACAGCCUGCAACAUGACUUAUGGACCAUUUGGUGGUGUGAAAGGUCGAGAUUUGAUAUGCAUACAGUCCAUGGAUGGCAUGCUUAUGUUAUUUGAACAGGAAAGCUAUGCUUUUGGCCGAUUUCUACCUGGUUUUCUUCUGCCUGGUCCGAUAACUUACAGCUCUCGAACGGAUUCCUUCAUUACAGUCUCUUCCUGUCAACAAGUUGAGAGCUACAAGUACCAAGUGCUGGCAUUUGCAACAGAUGCUGAUGAAAGAGAGGAGACAGAGCAGCAAAAACUGAGUUCUGGAAAAAGGCUUGUUAUGGAUUGGGUUUUAAACAUUGGAGAACAAGCACUGGAUAUAUGCAUUGUUUCCUUUAAUCAGACCUCCUCUGUUUUUGUGCUUGGUGAGAGAAAUUUCUUUUGCCUUAAGGAUAAUGGGCAAAUUCGAUUCAUGAAAAAACUCGAUUGCAGUCCAAGUUGCUUCCUUCCUUAUUGUUCAGUGUCUGAAGGAACAAUAAACACUCUGGUUGGAAACCAUAAUAACAUGUUGCAUGUUUAUCAGGAUGUGACAUUGAAGUGGGCCACUCAGCUUCCCCAUAUUCCUGUAGCAGUAAAAGUGGGCAAUUUACAAGAUUUGAAAGGUGUUAUAGUUACUCUGAGUGACGGUGGGCACCUACAGUGUUCCUACCUUGGUACCGAUCCUUCUCUGUUCCAGGCUCCUAAGGUUGAAUCUAGGGAAAUAAACUAUGAAGAACUUGACAGAGAAAUGAAAGAGCUUCAGAAAAUCAUCAAGGAGUCCACAAAAACACAAGAUAUUUUGCCCAAAUCUGAAAAAUAUUACGAUGAUUUGAGAAUCACUGCAGAAGUUUCACCUGACUUGGAUGUAGCAUCUCAAGCCAUUGACAGUGAGGUGAGAGCAGAGGCAGUUCCUUCAGUCACAGUAAAGAUCACACUACAGAGCAGAUUGGCUGUGCAGAAAACAAAAUUAUCAAUAUGUGUACAACCUCCUUUAGCAUUGACCCAUGACCAGUUCCUCUUUGAUGAUAUAGAGUCAUGUGGAUCUAAAGCUGUAGCCCUGUCUGUCUUUCUGAAAGGGAAUUGUCCACCAGCAGAGCUGGAAGGAAAUGCUGUGGCUUCCUAUAGCAUGCCCACAGAUCUCAGUCCUGAAGGAAUACCAAGAGUUGCUCAGUGCAAAUUUAGACUACCCUUGCGGUUAAUUUGCUUUCCAGCUCAACCUUCAAAAACAGCAAACCACAAACUAACUAUUGAUACCAAUAAACCUCCUGUCAGUCUUGUGAACCUUUUUCCAGACUUUGCUGAUCAGUCUGAUGAAGAUCAGGUAAAUGUUCUGGGAUUCCAGUUCUUAACUGGUUCUAGAAUCACUCUUCUUGCUUCAAAAACCUCACAGCGGUAUAGAAUCCAGAGUGAACAGUUAGAAGACCUUUGGCUAAUCACAAAAGAGCUCACUUUUCGUCUUGAAGAACAUUUCAAGAAGCAAAAUAGUAAAGACUUCACAUGUAUCUUUUCUGGUUCAGUUCCUUUACAAGAAUAUUUUGAACUAAUUGAUCACCAUUUUGAGCUUCGCUUGAAUGCUGAAAAAUUUGAAGAACUGUUGUCUGAAAGAGCCAUACAAUUUAGAGCUAUUGAACGACGAUUACUAACUCGAUUCAAAGACAAAACACCUGCUCCCCUCCAACAUCUGGACACCUUGCUAGAAGGAACUUACCGACAGAUAAUAGCUUUAGCAGAUGCGGCAGAGGAAAACCAAAUCAAUAUGUUCCAGGCAUUCACAAAGUUGAAAAGUGCCACCCAGCUGGUGAUUAUGCUGAUUAGUCUGUGGCAGAAGCUCAGCACUGACCAAGUUGCUAUUCUGGAAGCUACGUUUUUGCCAUUAAUGCAGGAUACCCAAGAGCUGGGUUGGGAAGAAAGUGUGGAUGCUGCCAUCUCUCACUUGCUGAGAACAUGUCUGUCCAAGAGCUCUAAAGAACAGGCCCUGACUCUCACCAGUCAGUUGAAUAUACCCAAAGAUACUAGCAGGCUGAAGAAACACAUCACCUUGCUCUGUGAUAGAUUGGCCAAAGGUGGUCGCUUAUGUUUAAGUACAGACACAAAUAUUCAGCAAACGAUGGUCAUGCCAGGUGGUUGUACUCCCAUCCAAGAAUCUGACUUGGAGGAAAGGACAGGUAUACAGGAUUCCACAACAAUGUUUACCAACCACAGGCACCUCACAAAGCAGAAAUCCAAAACUGAAUGAAGAAGGGGCAACCUGUUUCUUAGCAGAGAAUAUCUUCAUGAUCUCAUCCUGCAUACUGCUGUGCCAUGACAUCACUGAAGUUCCUGUACCUGAGAGAGUUUCAACACAUUGUACAAGAGCACAGCCUGUAUCAUCUGCACCUUGAGUCAGGUCCCCAUCAGUGAUAUUUGCAGGGUUGCAAUUUGGUCAUCUGUACAUAGCAUAACAACUAGUAAAAGUAUCUCCCAAAUCUUGAGAGAUUAUGCUAGAUUGGGAAUAGUUGUGUUGCAGUAUUUGUUCAGAUGGACUCUAAAACCCUUCUCCAUUCUGAACUAUUUGUGAGUCACCUGGGUGGAAAAGACAUGUGGAAUCACUCAAAGAAGAACUUACCUGUUCUAUAACUGUUGUUCUUCGAGAUGUGUUGCACAUGUUCACACUAUGACCCAUCCUUUCCCCCUUUUGCACUGGAGUCUGUGCUUACUGGAUUCCAGUUUGAAGGAACUGAGGAAGGGUUGGGGCAGCUCUGCCAUUUAUGCCAUCAGCUGGGAGCAUGAAUGUACACAGGGCACAUGCAUUGCCCCAAUGGCUGCCAUUAUGGGGGAAAAAAUCUCUGGGUUGAUGCACUUGGUGCACACACAUCUCCAGUGGAAUGGACAUGUGUAACCCAUCUUGAAGAACAAAAGAUAUAAAAAAAAGUAAGUAACCAUUUUUAGGAAAGGUAACAUCAUGAUCUUAGUUAAAUUGAGGCUUUCUGUCCUUAGAAUAGAAAAUUGCCAUGUUAUCUCCAGUGCCAUAAUAUUGUGAUGUUUGACAAAUGAUGCCUGUUUCAAGACUUCUCUACUUUUUAAAUUAAAAAAAUGAUUUGUUGAUCUUAGUGUUCAUGAUGCUGUAUAAUCAUAGAAGAUGUGGUCCCUGUACCCAGGAGUUUACUAAGUCCCCAAUCCUGCAAAAACAUGUAUGCAUGCUUAUAUUUAAACACCAGUGGUCCCAUUGACAGACAUCUCUCAGAAAUUUAUUUUGGGGUUCUAAUCUCUUAGUUGUCCAGAUUUAUUUUUUAGAUUGUUUUUUGUGUGUGCACAUUCAUGGUGGAUUAUUGUUGGAAAGCUCUUAUGGUAGAAAUGAGUUUUAGGGAAGGAUUUGAAUUAAGAGAUGGAGGUUGAUUGGGCCACAAGAAAUGGGAGGGAAUUCCAAGUCUGAGGGAAGUUUUCAAGAAGAUAUGAAACAGAGAAGGAAACAAAUGAGGCAUUAAAGAGAAGGAGUUUUGGGAGGAGCAGGGCAGCAAGAACUAUCUAGGAAAAAUAUGUGAAAAGGUGAGAUCCACAUGCAUUGAUUGCAGCCUGUUUUCCAUUGCUGUGCUCUGCCUUGUUCUGUUUCAUAAUGAUUUUCCAAGUACUACAUAAUUUUUAAAAUAUCAGCAUUUAAUUUUAAUUUGAGCAGCUGCAGUGCUGGUUUAUUUUUUUAAAUACAGCUGCUGAGAAUCAGUUGAGUGUUUAGGCAUUUUUAUGUUUUUCUUGAUGAGUUAUGGUCAGCUUCUUGCCAGCUAGUGUGUACACAACUUCAAAAUGUGGUUUGUCAUAAAACUAGUAAAAUGCAAUUGAUGAGCAAAACUGAUAUUUCACUUGUUUUGAAUAUGGCGUGUUUUCUCACAUGGCGCUAUUUCAGACUGAAUAUUUUUGGUGGUUGAUUUCCUCUGUGAAAAGUAGACAGACAUGUCUUAAAGGGAACCAUAAAUGACAUUGUAGCUACAUACAAUAAUAUCCUUCCUUGUUAUGGAAAAGUUAAGUCCUACUGGUGGGGGAACAAGCAAAAAUAAUAAAAAAAAAUCUAGAUAAUUUUGCACAAGUUCACCACCAGCAGAGUUCCCUCCAUCACUCAGUGUUAAUCAUCAGUAUGGGAAUGGGCCUGGUCCUGUGCAACUCAAUAGAAAGACUCCUUUUGACUUCUAUGGCAAUUAGAUCAAUCUCUAUGGUUUUUAAAUAUGGUAGAGGCAAAACAUUCAAAUUUUGCCUUGCUUACAGACAAUGUUCUUUUUUAAAUGCUCUUUCUGGGUUUCAUAUUUAGCACUCUUUGAAAUAGUGCUAUACACAAAGUCCUAUGUAAAGGAAAAAAUACUGAUUCAGAGGUCUGACUUCUUCAUAAAGCCAUAUUUCUACCAGUAUUCUGUGCUUUCCUAUGUGUAGUCCUUUAUCGGGAAAAGAUCUGUUGUUCCCGAGUAUACAGGAAAUGCUAUGUAGUCAAAACACCACUUGACACUUUAUCUUCCUGCAAGCAGCAGUGUAGCUGAAGGUUGACUAUAUCAUGCAUGUAUGAUUCUUGACAAUUAUAUUACCAAGAAUAACAGUCUCUGUGACAAAACUGACAAAUUUAUAAUAUGUGUUUAAUCAGCUGCCCAUAAAUUAAAUAAAUAUCAGCUCAGCUAAAUUACUUUCUCUGAAAGUGUCAGUGAGAGAAGAUUUGCAUUGCAUUUGACUUUAAACCUCAAGAUCUGAUUAGCUUCUUGUGUAGUCAAUAGUGAAUAAGGCUAUUUAAUUGUGGCCUUUUCUGUUACUUGAAGCUUUGUAAUAUAAGCUUGAGUUUUCAGUGUUCAACAAAUCAUCUUACAUGAUGAUUGUGCAGCAGCAGUAAAGAUUUCAAAAGGAACAGUGUACUGUAUCUGACCGGUGUGUAGGUUCCAUGUUUUAGUAAAAAAAAAAAAAAAAAAAAAAAAAAAAGCAUUAGAUUAUUGGUUGCGAAGAUUUGGAGGCCAG